AUGAGUGACACUAGUGAUCUGGUGGAUGGGAAGUGGCAGCGCUUACCGCCCGUGCCUGAGGGCAUGUCCAAGAGCCAAUGGAAGAAGCAAUGGAGGAGGCAGAUGUAUGAGGCUAAGAAAGAAGAGUAUGCGGAGGUACGCAAGGAGAAGCGGAAGCGUGCCAAGGAGAACAGGCGGAAGAAGAUACAAGAGUACAUUGAUCGCGGUGAGGAGGUGCCUGCCGAGUUGAAACGUGAGCCUCGUGUGAACAGGGAUCAAGUUGCAUCAGGUAUCAACAUCAUUCUGGAUUGUGCGUUCGAUGAUCUCAUGAAUGACAAAGAGAUAGUGAGUACGUCUAAUCAGAUUACUAGGGCCUACUCCGCGAACAGAAGGGCCAGCCAAUAUGCGAACAUUACGGUGACCAGCUUCAACAAGCGGUUGAAGGAAAGGUUUGACAAGGCAUUGGACGAUUGCAAUUACCCGCAAUGGCAGAACUUCAAGUUUGUCAGUGACGAGAAGCUAAUCACAGAGGGCGAUAAGUCGAAGAUGGUGUAUUUAACAGCUGAUACGGAGGAGCAGCUGGACACACUGGAACCAGGUAUGACAUAUAUUGUUGGUGGUAUAGUGGAUAAGAACAGGCACAAGUUGUUGUGCUACAAUAAGGCCAAAGAGCUCGGUAUCCCCACGAGAAGGUUACCUAUCGGGGAGUACAUCAAGAUAGAAGGCCGCAAAGUGCUAACCACCACACACGUGAUACAACUGAUGUUAAAGUACUGUGAGUCCCGCGACUGGAAGGAAUCGUUCGAAUCCGUGAUCCCUUCGAGAAAGCUAGACCCAGUGAAAGAGAAGGAGCAGCAGCAGCAGCAGCAGCAGCAACAGCAGUAA